GUCACAUAGCUUUUGGGCCUCAGCAACCAUUAUUUUCCCGCUCCAGUUUCAGGCUUGUUCUUUAUCUCCUCUCUAUCCUUCAUCCACAGUUCCUGCACUACCACUGUCCGCCCUCACAGUUUAACAGCAGAGCACUCUUUGGCUUGAUUUUUGUGGGAUCAGACCUUCUUUUAACGCCUCUCGUUGUCUCAGAACCUGGUCAGGUUUUACAUGCGGCUGGCUCGCUCUACGCUCAUUCACAUAGUCACCAAAUCCCGCCUUGUCCUCCUUAUUGUCUAACUUGCUCAAUCGUCACUCAAUACAAUGAGCCGUGGACCAGCAUGGAAACGAGAAAUUGUUCCAGAUCAUAAAUUCGACUUUAUCGACACCCGUGAGUUUACCGACAAUGGGUUCCUCAUGCGCCUAAAAUAUCUUUGGCUGUAUAUCAUCGUCCUCAAAUCAUUUCUUGUCUAUCUUUCCGAUAUCUUCACCGCUACGACCAUGUUGACGACUUCGACAUGGUCUAACCAGAUCUUUAACAACUGUCAGAAUCAAGAUGGUUGCUUCUAUAUUCCAUUUAAUGUUGGGAAAUGGCUGUUCGUAGGAUGUAUUAUUUUUGGCUUUCUUCUGCUGGCGUACGAAGCCCGGAAAUCAAAGAAAAUCAUCGCCAGUCGUGAUAUCUCUUACGCAUUCACGAACGUGAUGGCUAACAACUAUUACUCUCUCCGCUCGUAUGAUCACUUCUGUUUCUUCGAUCAUAUCAGUAAUUCAACGAAGAAGAAAGACGACUUUGCAUUCUUCAUCUUCUUUACGUUCAAGAGUUGGAAGCGUUUGUUGCUGUCUGAUGGACCAAGACAAACGAUCAACGCUCUGACACUCUAUAGUAUCUACCUGUCGAAGAACGACAAAGGGUCUUGGUACGACGUCAGCAAGUACUUUGAAGGAAACAGUCUGUCGACCUCUGCCCUGACUGUCUCCACGUUCUUCACCUUCGUCAUCUUUGCUGGCUCGCUCUUACUGUUGAUUAUGGCUGGCAUAUUCUACAUUCCUUUGUUGUGCUACAUUCAAGGAAACCUCAAGGAGUACGUAUGCCACAAGGUUGACAAGCGAAUCGCAGAGGUCAUCAAGCGUAGAAACAAGGAGCGACUUGCAAAGGCUGCUGCGCUAGCGAAGAAGGAAGCUAUGGGUGACUUCUCCCACUUGAAAAACAAGAAGGGCGAGAUGAUUGGCAAACCUUUACCACAGCCGACACUUCCAAACCUCUCUGUUGACGAUGAUGACGACGCUGGAUCUAUCUCCAAGCGUGGUCCGGGCGGUGCCUACAACCAGGAUUACUACUUUGAUCAGAAGAGCAUAGCACCAAGUUAUCACACGAAUGCGGGUGGUGUGGACUACGCCGACUAUCCUCCAAUGCCGGCUUACAACAGUGGGUAUGCACACCAGACUGCAGGAACGUUUAAUCAAUAUACUGCGUCUACGGGGAGCUACGAGCCACAGCACCAAGGUUACGAAGAAGAAUACGGCAGCACGGUUCAUCUUCAGGAAGGUGUUAGUGUUGGUUAUCCAACUAAUGAUCAAGGGCUGUACGAUUCAUAUGGGAGUUCGGGUGCGCCAGGGCAAUAUGUUGCUGAUGCACGUGAUGUGUAUCAUGGGAGAGCAAAUGCAGGAACACGUUCGCCGUAUAAUGGUGCGAGCGCGCAGGCUUACGAUGUGCAGGACUAUCCUAGCCAGCAGUAUACGCACGCACAUAAUUAUGAGUACCCGGCAACGAACGGGGAUGGAUACCACUAUCAGGGGUAUACUGCACACGAGUAUGGACAUGCUUUGUAGUUGUUACAUAGUGCCACUUCGCUUUGUCUUUAUAAACAAUUCUAGUUGAAAGACUUGGACUGCCAGGAACAACAGGAAAAUCAGUUUCGGCGGUCUUCGGCCCAGUAGUUACUAGCUCGGCUCGAUC